AUGGCAUCGAGCGAGCUCCUAAAGCAAAUCCAGUCGGGAAAGAAACUGAAGAAGGCAGAGACGAAUGAUCGCAGCGCGCCUGUGCUGGAUGCGCCGAAAGGGCGUGCUGGAGGGCCAGCGAGCACAGGGAUGAGUGCGAGUGCGCCAUCGCUGCCAUCGAGCGGAGGGCCACCUCAGCUGGCUGGUCUGUUUGCUGGAGGGAUGCCGAAACUGAAGCCGGCAGGGCAGAACAACCUUGCGAAACCGCCCACCAUCCCUGCGCCCGCUAAGAGACCGACGCCUGCUACACCAGCCAGACCUGCCCCUCCGUCUGCCCGACCCGCUGCCGCUCCUCCCGCCCCACCUGCCCGCCCCGCACCCAGUCUCCCCGGCACUGCUGCCCCUCCAGCCCCGCCUGCCCGCCCCGCCCCCGGCCUCCCUCCGCCGAAACCCCUCGCCCAGCCCCCACCACGGCCUGCCCCUGCACCCGCCCUUCCUUCAUCCCCCUCCCCCUCAGCUCCUCCGGCCCCUCGCCGCCCGCCCCCGCCAGUCCGCGGCCCAAGUCCGCCACCACCGCCUCCAUCCCGCCCCUCUCCGGCGAUCCCUCCCCGGAACCAGUCUCCUGCGGGUCCUGCCUUGCCUCCCCGCAGUCCCGCAGCAGCUGCCGCCCGUGCACCCCCGCCGCCGCCGCCCCGCCCGGCCUCACAUGCCGCGCCCCCCUCCCCCGCGCGGAUUGCCCCGCCGCCGCCUGCUCGCAAACCGCCAGGGACGGCCCCUCCUCCUCCUGCUCGGGUGCGCGCGGUGUCUGACGCAGAACGCGUCUCCCAGCGGUCUCCCACCCCGGAGCGCGCUGUCCCUGCUCGUCUUUCAACUCCUCAGCCGCCUCCCCCUCCAAGGGCAAGCGUCGUAGCAGCAGCAUCGCCCGCACGCAAGGCGCCAAGCUCCACGUCAGCCAAUGGCGGCAGACCUCCUCCACCUCAGCGCAAAAUACCGUCACCGCCACCUAACGCGGGAAUCCACACGUUUCCAGUGACCGACUUUCCGCCCCCUAGGGAGUUUAGAGCGACACCAAAGGUCUACACUAGUGGCAGCCAGCAGGGAAGCACCUUUGAUCUAGCAAAUUUGUAG